GAGCCAAGUUUUAAUCGCAUGCGGAAAGGUGGCUGUGAGGUUUGGACGGUUAGAGAAGUUCAAUACAACCAAACUAUUCGGAUGAGGCGGGCAUCAACUGGUGCUGACGUCUGUUUCUAAAAGCGAGGUUAUCGCCAGAUUUUUUCUUUCUUUCUCUCAAUGACUACCCAUUCUACGUAAUUUCAUUUCCUUUCUUUCAUUGCCCAUUGUCUAACAUCUUUGCGACUACGAAUACGAUUUGUUGAAAAGAGACUUGGAGAUCGAGGAUUCUACAAUUGCUGAGCAACUGCGCAAGAUAUUCAAAGGUUCCGGCGACAAUAUAAGUCAAGAUGGCAUAUCUGCUCUAUACAACCGUCUUCGUUUUCCUCGUUAUCUCUACUAUCGCCUUUGUAACCCGCGAUCGUUGGUCUCCAUACAUCCCCGAACAUUACCUCGAACGUCUCCCCCGAUUUAUGUACACUCCCUAUCACGCACUUCCCCAUUCCUUCGAAAACGACAUUGAAUCUGGUUUAACCUCUUCAAACUUCAACCUCUCUCAAAACCUCCUAGAUUCAGAUCCAAGAAAUGGACUUUCAGAUAAUGGGAAAAGAGAAAUUCAGAGAAUCAUGAGGACAAAGAAGGUUAACUUUGAUGAGGCGAGGAGACUAUGGAUGCAGGAAAGUUUUAAGAGGGAAAAUAUUGGACCGGAUGGAAAGCCAAGAGAUCCAAAGUUUGUGAGCUUUUCGUGAAGAAAGCGAGGGCAGAUGUGGAUAUAUAUUCUUCAACGAACUAGUCUUUUUGGCCAAAUAACACAAUGUGAAGAAGUGCUUAUCGGUGGCUCUUAUUCCAACACGGCUAAACUCCCAAAUUCUGGAGGGGACUGGGCAUUGGAGAGAGAUGGAGAAUGGGACAAGACAAGGAAUCGGAUUGGAAUAUGGAUCGGAGAUAUAUACCCAGGAAGGAUGAGCAGGACGGGCGGGAACGGACUUGAACGGAGAUGGGAUUUGGGAGGUACGGAAAGCGUUUGAUAUUUUAGCGACGGACUUGAAUUGGUACUGGAUGUCAUCAAGCAAGUGAAAAUGGCGUUUUGAGGUUUUGAAUCCGGCAACAUAGUUAUCCGGGAUUUACUCGGUGCCAGUACGAAGGCACAUUUCUUUUCACCCCUACAAUACUUUCUUUCGUUAAUUUUUUUUUCUUUCUAUUUCAUUUGUCAAUAUCGAAAUCGUUGUUUGUAAGAUUGAGAAGAGGAAGAAGACGAAGAGGGUUAUAACACCUACUUGUGUAUAGAUUAUCAUAGGGAAAAGGGAUUAUUCCAUCACUCUUAUAUGUCAUUCUCGGUGUUCUAGGUGGUCAACAAUACGGAUUUAAACCUAUCA